UCAGAUGAAAUGUACAUCUUAGUCGGAAUAUCCUACCAUGGCUCAAUAUUUAAGUCCGUUGCCCACUUUAGUUCGAUCCUCCCUAAUUUUUCUUGUAAUUUCGAUUUUUGCCAACUUCGCAACGUCUGAAUGGGGAUUUAACGAGACGACGGAUCUAUGUUUAAGCGACGACUAUCCAAAAUUCCCUAUCCGCGAAUAUCCUCCACGUUUCUGCUGCAAUGGUACGCAGAUAAGUCAACAUGAAACUCCGGAAUUGGAUGAAGCUAGCAGUGUCAGACUUUUUGCUUCUCAUCAUUCCAACGGCUACUACUCGGUAUGUCAGAAGGAAGUGUCGCCACACUUUAAGUCGGACAAGAUUGCGGUUUACCUGUGGAAAGUAGCGGCGUGCAUGUACCAAAAACAGAAUAAUGGUACGACGGAAAUAAGUUACACCGACUUUGUGAACUGGAAGGAGCGGACGGUCAACUACACGAAGAAUGAAGUUGUCAGGGCAGCUAUUCUAGACAAAAGUUCGUCUCUGUGUCCAGAGGCAGGCAAGGAGUCGGAAUUCUACAAGAAAUAUAAAAUAUUGGAUAACUGUUAUUACUCAAAUAUAGAAAAGAAAUGCGCUUCAUCGGAGGGUAUUAAGACAAAUUCGUUGAGAAUCCAAUCCACUCGGAAACAUAAUCCAGCAUUGAACUGCCCGCAUAUUCCGGCCAGUCACGGCUGUCUUCAGCAUUACCAAUGCUGUAAAAAUGAAUCCCUUCCAUGGGACGUGGACCAGUUAAUUGCAUUUCAAUUAGUGCAGCGUGAGUCUGGACAACGCUAUGAGAAAUGCCUCUUGUCAGUCCAGGAUUUUGUUAAUAAGUCAGCCGUUUGGGGAAGUUGUGUGGAGGCGUGUGCAUUAAACCCGAUUGAUUGGAAGAAAACCUUAACAAAACCAGAAAUGUCAUGGAAUGCGACGCAAUUUUUGAAAUACAUGUUAACUUCUGUUAACAUGACUUCCAUCAAUAGUAACUUGAGUGCUAAAGCUGAACAGCAAUAUGAAUAUUGGAGAGUGCCUAAUGUGGACGGGUUCUGGAAUAGUACUGGUUGGAUAAGUUUCGCUGAUAUGGAGAAGGAAUAUAAAUCUGUGAACACCGCGUUCAAGAAAAGCGUGGACAUAUAUUGCCGUUAUUAUCUAAUUCUGCGGGGAUUGGCAGGGUCCACCAUUGUUCAUCACUGUCAUGGCAAUGGUGUGGCGGGUGAUUAUAUUUUAUUAUAUGUCUAAAAACACUACACGAAAUAUAAUGAUGCGACUACUGGGUAAAGGAUUGGAAAGCCAUUGUAAAUCUAACAAGGAAUACUACCGAGGGUGUAAAACGAGUUAAGGGUCGACACUUAUACCAAAAUGUGCACAACACAUGACUUCUG